CCAGCCACAAUAUAAACUCACAGUCCUCCACUGCUCCAACACAACAUCCUGACAUACUUUUCAAGAUGGUGCUGUUGCUUCUGCUGGUGAUGCUGGCAUCAUGUGCUGCCGUUCCUCAAGAUCUGUCAAAUAAAAUGUUCACCUUCCCACAAGAAACCAACACAGCUCAUGUGAGGCUGACUACAUCUAGACAAAAUCUUGGGGCUGUAACCGUCUGUCUCAGGUCCUUCACAGACCUUAAAAGAGAUCACUCACUUUUCUCAUUGGCGACACCCUCUGCUGACAAUGACUUCCUGAUAUUCAAGAGGGCUCCAAGUGAUGUGUAUAAUCUAUGGGCCAGGGGCCAAUAUACGUCAGUUUUUGGGCAGGAUUACAAGCUGAACACGUGGCACUCUGUUUGUUCUACGUGGAACGCUGUUUCUGGAGUGAUGCAACUUUGGUUAGAUGGAAAACCCUCAAGUCGGAAAUUCGUCAGCUCUGGAUCCAACAUCAACGGACCAGUCAUAAUUGUUUUAGGACAGGAGCAGGAUUCCCACGGUGGGGCUUUUGACAUUAAACAGUCUUUUGUUGGCAUGAUGUCCGACGUCCACAUGUGGGACUACGUCAUUUCCCCCGAUGAGAUCCUGAACUAUUCAAACCAACCAUACUUCACUCCAGGCAACGUGCUGAACUGGUCCAAGCUGGAGUUCCAGAUUGUGGGAAGAGUGCUGAUAGAAGAUCAGCAAAGCUCUUAUUGA